AUGAAAUCGGAUGCGAAACUCAAUUCAAGAAGGUGCUACAUAUAUCGUAUUUCACAGGCUUUUUGCACAGAAAAGUUGAGGAGGAGAACAUCAAAGCGAAAGCAGUGUUCUUUUACGCAACACAACAUGACAAAACGAUCAAGGGAUUGUAUGGACGCGCAAACAAUGUUUGUGAGUGCAGAUGAAUCCAACUUUCGAAAUAUUGUACAGCAAUUGACAGGAAUCCCAACGGCAAACAACAGUUCAGCUUAUAAGAAGGCAGUGUUAAUUGAAAAGCCCAAGCCUUUUAAGCCCGUAGCCGUGAGACCCAUAGCUAAGAAACUAUGUGGUAACACUGUCUCAUGGAUUGAUUCACUCAUGGAUUGCUUCUCUCAAGAUAUCUCGCCUAUUUUAAGAACACCUUUAUGUGGAAAAUCUUCAUUAAUCUACAAAAGUGCAGUGAAGGAUGAGGAGGACUUUAUGAUAGACUUCGACAAUAGCUUUUUUAGCUUGGAUUGA